GUGUCAAAGGUCACCCGGCAGGUAUACACCCCUGACUAGCGCCCACCGCCCACUACAGACGCGGUAACACAUCGCACAGGUCACACCGAGAAUCUGUCUGUCUUCAACCUGCUCGGAGCAAAGAUAUAAUUCACGGUCCAAGAUGGCAGUUCUGCUGGUAGUAACCGGACACGGGCAGCUAGGUAACACGGGGAAGCCCACUGGCUGGUAUCUGCCGGAAGUCGCGCAUCCCUGGAAGGUCUUCACGGACGCCGGGCUCAAGGUCACCUUCGCCAGCCCCAAGGGAGGGAAGACGCCGAUGGACCCUGGCAGUGCUGAGGCGUUUAAACAGGAUCCCAUCUGUACGGAUUUCCUAAAGAACACGGACAUCAUGGCCCAGCUGGACAGCACUGCGUCACUGGCUAAGGUCAAACCAGGCGACUACAAGGCUGUUUUCUUUGCCGGUGGCCACGGUACGAUGUGGGACUUCCCUGAUGACGUCAACGUCCAAAAAGUGACCACUGCCGUCUAUGAGCAGGGAGGGGUGGUGUCGUCCGUGUGCCACGGCCCGGCAGCCUUCGUUAACGUGAAGCUGUCGGACGGCAGUUACCUGAUCAACGGGAAGAAGCUGACGGGUUUCACCAACAACGAGGAGAACGCGGUGAAGCUGAUGGAGGUCAUGCCUUUCGCCAUGGAGACCAAACUCCGGGAGAGAGGCUGCGACUUCGUCGAGGCUCCGCUGUUCACGGAAAACGUGCAGGUGGCAGGCCGCCUUGUGACGGGACAGAACCCGGCCUCCGCCACGCCCACAGCAGCGGCAGUCGUCAAGGCCAUCAAAGGCUGAACAGCGACACCAUACGGACUGCUCAUGUACUGCACAUACAACGCUCGCAUAUUGCUCAUGGACUAGUCUGCUAGUUAAAUAUAUUGCUAAACAUAUUGUUGUAAACUGAAAUUAUAACAUAUAUUCCAGGUGUACUUGGUGAUCGUCAGUUUUCUUCAAAUUCAAUUGGGGUAUAUUAUCUGAGAAUAUAUGUCAAGGAUCGUUGAACGUAUCAACAGAUAUGACGUUUGUUACCUUUGUCAAUCCUAUUCCUUUUGAUACUGUCUUCUUGAACAGACUGUUCUCAACAUAGAAUCGCUAUUAAACGUUUGUACCACU